AUGCAAGUUCUUCUUCUCGGAGGCCACGGCAAAGUUGCCCUCUACCUAACACCCCUCCUCCUCAAUCGCGCCUGGACCGUCACCAGCGUCGUGAGAAACCCCGACCAUGAAAGCGAGAUCUUAGAGCUAGGCAAAGGUCGCAAGGGCAAAUUGAACGUUCUCAUCUCAAGUCUGGAUGAUGUGAAAAGCACUUCUGAUGCUAAAAAGAUCAUUGACGCUGUUUCACCGAAUUAUGUAGUUUGGUCUGCUGGUGCCGGAGGUAAAGGUGGGCCAGCUCGCACAAAAGCAAUCGACGAGGAAGCUGCCAAAUACUUCCUGACAGCCUCGUUCGCUACGCCGAGCGUAUCCAAAUUCCUGAUGGUUUCCCACCACGGAAGCCGCCGUAACAAGCCCAGCUGGUGGUCGGAUGAAGAAUGGGCUAGUUCAGUCAAGGUAGCCACUGAAGUGCUCCCCACUUACUGCCAGGCUAAGCUCGAGGCCGACGAGUACAUGACUGCGUUGGCGGCGAAGCGCAAGCUGAAUGGAUCGCCUUUCCAGGCUAUCAACUUGCGUCCUGGUGUGCUGACUGAUGAGCCUGCUACGCGCAAGGUCGAGCUUGGUAAAACUGCUAAGUCUCGCGGAAGUGUUUCUAGGGAGGAUGUGGCUAUUGUUGCGGAUCAGUUGCUUGCUCGUGCUGAUACUGAGGGGUGGAUUGAUCUUCUUAACGGGGAUGAGCCUGUCGAGCAGGCAGUUGAGAGGGUUGCUAGGGAGAAGAUUGAUGCUGUUGAGGGCGAGGAUGUUGAUGGUAUAAUCAAGAAAUUCUUCCCUUGA